ACAAAAUUUUUUAUCUUUGUAUGUUGAAAAAUACUCUCAUUAUUUUUUUAUACUCUCUUUUCUUUAACCACCUCAAUACCAGUUUCUUCCAUUCAUCGCUUUCUUUUCAUUGCUGUUUGAUCUACACCACUACAACUAAACUUUUGUGCCGAUUAAUCGCAACAAAUGACAACCGAAAUUACGCUCUUUUGCAUUGUUGAUGGCGAUUCCACAGCAUUUUCAGUUGACAUUCUACCAAAUAAGACUGUGGAUCAUCUCAAGAAGAAAAUCAAGGAGGAGCAAUCGCCUUUAUUUGAUAACCUUCGUGCGCAGGACCUCAUCCUCUUUCAUGUUUUAAUCCCAUCCGCACCAAAAAGACAAAUCGCGCUUAACAAUCUGACUGCCGAUGAUGAGGCAAAUAAGAAGCCGCAGGAACUUGACGACUCAACAAGCGAGAUCUCUGAGGUCUUUGGUUCUACUCCAGCGAAGAAAACCAUACACGUCAUUAUUCAGCGGCCAUCACAAGGAUCCUUUGCAGGUACGAGUUCUCAAGUCAACAGUAAAUGAGUCUAUUUCUCAAGUAGACUUUCAGCAUCGCAGAUGCUCUGUAUUCAUUCCUUGGGUCUUUUGAUUGAGUUUGCACACC